UGAAGGAAUGGACUGCUGAGUGGAACCUUUCGUCCUAUCGCUUCUUAUAACAGGGGGGUUAAAGCCGAAGGCGGUUAAUCAAAAUGCCUGAGGAGAUAGCGGAUGGAGGGAGGAAGCUUGUAACGCUUGACGACCUCAUCGACGCCCUGGAUAAGCGCGAGAGGGCGCCGAGCAACGUCCCGAAGGUUGAUACUUUCCACUUCAAGGGAGAACGGGUGUCCGACUGGCUGGACCUGACAGAGCAAGCACUGGUAGGGUUGUCGGAUGAGGUCAAGCUCCAGCGAGUCCUAAGAUAUGUCCUCCAUAGCCACCAUCAGGAAGUGGGCAAGGUCGUGGAUGCCGCCAAUGGUAGUUGGGCGAGGUUCAGGGACAUGAUGCAAAAAAAGUACAGGUUGGGGGAUGGCUUGCUAACCAUGGCGGAUUUGGAGGCCAUGAACAAGAAUGACUUUUCCACGAUUGGGACGUUUGUGCACGAGUUUAAAAGGAAGGCGCGGAAGGUGCACGGGAUCUCCGAAGAAACGCAGUGUGCGAUAUUUUUGGGUCUGCUUACUCGCUCGGAGGCCUGGGAGCUGACGGGUCACGGAGGGGGAAGUGAGAAACUCACUUGGGCCACUAUAGAGAAGGGGGUGGAAGAGGGGAGCCUGAACCAGGUGGAGCAGCACCAGGUGCGGCUGCAAAGGCGCAAGAGAAAGGAAAGGGACGCCACCGCGUCCGGGACCCCAGGGGUGAAGAGGAUCGUCACGGACGUAUUGGCAGCGCGGGGGUAUGAUAAUGAGGCGGAAGUGCAAAAGAGGGGAGUGACCGUGGCCCAAGGCCGGGCGUCGGGGGCAGUGGAAGAGGAGGCUAGGCGCGAGGACUAUGGCGGAGAAGAGACGGGCUCCCAGAUCCUAACCAAGGCCCAGAGGAAGCAGCGGAAUUUACAAGUGGGGGGUCAAGGAUCCGGAAAAGGGCAGGUCCCGCAAGCGACUGCUGCGCCGCCACCUGCUGCCACGACAACGUCAGCGACGGCCGGGCCGUCAUGUAUGGGGCCGCCGCCGGCUUGUGGGCACUGGGUGUCGCAUUGUCAGCCUAUGUCCUGGCCCAGUUGUAAUCACUGCGCCUCGUGCGGGGGUGGUUUUGAUGUGGAACGGAUGGUGGACAAGCUCCUGGAAGGCCAUAAUGACUUAAUGAACCUGAAGGAUAUCCUGGCGUCGGCGCCAAGGCUCCGUGGGGAGUUGAAAGGGCGACUCUCGCGAAGGCUGGUGCCAAAUGUCCAUCUAAGUACGGUCAUGCCUAAAGAGGUGGAGUGGACUGAGGCAGGGACAAGGAUGGAUUGGAAGUGUGUGGCAUGCGGGCAGGUGGAUUUGGUGAUAAGGAACCAGAAGUGUACUGGGAUGGUGGACACGGGCGCAGAGAUGAACAUCAUCAGGGAGAAGGAGGCAGUGAUGAUAGGCAUGGAGAUCGACCGCUCGGACCAUGGCAUGCUGCACGGCGCUAACUGCAAGGCCGCCUUUUGCGGCACAACGUCAAAUGUGAUUAUAGAGAUUGGGAAGGUGCGAGCCAGGACUUAUUUUUUCGUUAUGCCUGAUGUCGAUCACCCCAUCCUCCUGGGGAGGUCGUUCUUGUGUCGGACGGAAAUAUUGAUCUUCAACAAGCACGACGGAACAAUGAGCCUGCUCCUGUGCGACCCGGCGUGUGGGAAUUAUGAAGUUAUCACCUGCCGGAACACGGGACCGGGGAGCGGGAGGAAUAGGCCCAAUCUAGGCUCGUUCACCUUUGAGGAGUCAGAGGACGAGCGGAGACGGCUUUGGGAAGUGCCAGAGGAGGAAGAUAGGGCUGAGGUGCUGACAUUGAGCCUCACGGAUGUGAAUAAGGCCAUGGAAGUGGUAUCGGCUCACGACAUGGCGGAUCCGGAGGCCAUUAAGGCAUUGAGGGAACAAGUGUUGGAGAAUCCUCAGGAGAAGGAGGAAGACGAAGUGAUACCCGGUGUGCGGCGCUUUGUCUGGAAGCAUGUCCAAGACAUCGAUCAGGUUCUGGGGUUAUUGGAGGAACAUAACCUGACGGCGAGCUGCCCCAAGUCGAAACAUUGUAUGAGGGAGGCCACGAUUCUAGGAUUCGUCUGCAAUGAGAGUGGGCGGAGGCCUGAUGUAAAGAAGACAGAUAAGAUUCUUGAGUGGCCAGUGCCCUUCUGCUCGAUAACGGAUGUGAGGAGCUUCCUUGGGACAUGCGGAUUUUGGAGGAGCUUCGUGAAGAACUUUGCCACGAAGACGGAGCAUUUAAGGAAGUUGGUGCGCCAGAAUCAAGAAUGGGUCUGGGGUGAAGACCAGGAAGAGGCGGUCGGUAGGAUGAAGGGAGAGUUUAAGGAAGGGGGCCUGGUAUUGAGAGCGCCAAAUUAUGAGGCCACGGAGGAAAGACCAUUCGUCAUUGAGACGGACGCUGGGCCAACUGCCCUGUGAGGACUCCUGAAUAAGACAGAUACUGAAGGGAAGGAGAGGCCGCUAAGAUUUGAAAG